AGGCCCGUGUAUAAAUUAAAAGGUUAUUCAAGCUCCAACCAGUAUAGUCCCUCAGUCAUUCAGUCAUUCGGGCCGAGACCAGACUUGAGCCCGAGUCCGAGUCCGAGUCCUGGUCGUCCAUCCAUCCAACCAUCCCACCGAUAUAAAUAGACAAAAAAAUAAAACUUUCACCCAACCCCAAUCUCGACUUUCCAACCAUCCCCCCAAACACCAUCACACCACCACACAUCCCUCAAAUGGCUCCCAACUUGGACCUGGAGCGUGUCCGGCAGCAAAUCGUCUUGGCCAACAUCCAGGAGCUCCUCCAGAAGAUGACUCGGCGCUGCUUCAGUAAAUGUGUCGGUGUUCCGGGCCGUGAGCUGCGAUCCGAGGAACGGGACUGUUUGGGCAACUGCAUGGAUCGGUUUCUGGAUUCGGUCCAAGUGGUGUCGCGGCAGUACUUUCGUCGCCGUCGCCGGCAGCAUCCGCAGCAACAGCCGCUCCGUCCCAACCGAUCAACUACCCCGGAAUCCGGAGCAGCCAGGUCGUCCUCCGCACCAGCAACUGCAACCACAACCGCAUCCCCAUCAGCAUCGUCAUCGUCAUCGUUAUCGUCAUCGGCACCCACACCCCCAUCCGCUUGUAAUUCCUCGAGCUCAUACGUACCACCCGAUAGGAAGGGCAAGUCCUCGCCAAUCCCCACAUCCCAGUGCUCGGAGUAGAUGUCUAGUAGUAGGCGUCGUUUCUAUAAUGUCCUCUGUGAAGGCCACUUAACCGCUCCGACAGAAAUGGUCACCCUUUCUAAAAAGGAGAGCCCGAGCCGCAAAGUGGCAGUGCAACUACGUGUAUGUGAGGCCCUCCGACAGUUGGUCGCAUUUAAAUCCCAGUAGAAUCGUGGAAUGUGAAGUCCAUAGAGUGUAGAGAGCUUUUUCUUUCAAACAAAUAUAAAAUUCAAGGCUA